AUGAUCGGUUAUUAUGGGUUUGGUUACGACAGCAGAGUUAAUGAUUACAAGCUAGUAUGUCUAACACGCAAUGAAGUUCAUGCAUACACGUUAAAAUCUAAUUCAUGGAGAAGAUUCAACACCGUAAGGCAUGGGUAUUGUCCAAGGAUAACACCAGGUCUGCUUUUAAAUGGUGUUCUUUAUUGGUCGGCCGCGGCUACCAGCGGUGAAAACCACAAAUUUAUAGUUUCUUUUGAUAUUAGCAGUGAGGAGUUCACGAAAUUUCCUUUUCCAGAAGAAAUUAUACAGCGUCCAAAAAUUAGUGGUGCUAUUCUUAGAGUUUUGGGAGAUUCCCUUUGCUUAGUUUGUGGUAUCCGUGAUGUUGGAGUUGAUAUAUGGGUCAUGCAAAAUUACGGAGUAAUGGAGUCCUGGGUUAAGAAAUUCACCACUAGCCAAAGAAAAAUUACUUCGUAUUCUCAUUUGUUAAAGCUCUAUUGGCCUAUUAAAACUGAUGAGAUUCUAAUGCAAGUUAGCGAAGGUCUCGCAUUAUAUGAUGAUAAGGAUGACAGGGUUAGGCUUCUGAAUUUCAUUGCCAUUAAUGGUAGGUUCGAUUUUCUUAAAUCAGAGAGUUACGUCGAGAGUUUAGUUUCACUAAAUCCAGUACUUACACGGAAAAUUAGAUAA